AUGGAGUACAAGGGCACCCUGAAAUCCAUUGAUCAGUACAUGAAUCUGCAGCUCUUGAACACGGAGGAGUGGGUGGACGGAAGCUUCCGUGGAAACCUGGGCGAGGUCUUCAUCCGCUGCAACAAUGUCCUGCUACUGGGCGCAGCAGUGAUGGGCAGGGCAGGGCUGGGCAAAGCCUUUGCGCAGUCCGACGUGUCGGAAACGGACCAGACUCCGAUGACGGCGUGUUCUAGAGCUGGGACGUGUCACUACUUCCGCUUUGGGAAAUGUGUCAAGGGUGCGGCCUGCCCGUUCUCGCAUGAGCUCAAGGAGGAGUCGGAAGCACUCCGAGCUGAAAAGCUGCGCUUGCAGGUGGAGUACUACUUGAGUGAUGAGAACCUGGCAAGCGACGCCUUUUUUCAGGCGCUCAUCCGCGGCUCGUCGGGUGGGUGGGUGCCCAUCUCCACGCUCCUAGGCUGUCCUCGAAUUCAACAGCUGCAGGGCACCGGCCCUGAGUUGGUCGCUGCCUUGCGCUGGUCCACGCAGCUGCAACUGCGGGAGUGGCCCGUGGGGGCCGAGGAAGUGCGCCGGAAGAGCCCCUUGCCGGAGCUUCAGGUGCCUCGAGCACCAGAGCCACUGAAGGAGGACACCUUGGACGAGCGGCCCCUGCCACUCCUGCGAGACUGCAGCGAUGGCUGGGAGGCCGUCAUCGAAGACUUGGAGCGGAGAUCCUUUUGCUUCCUGAAGCGAAGGUCGGUGUCAGAAGCUUUGCUCCAAGAGGAGUUCGAACGGCUGCUAGCCUUUGCGGAUUGGCAAAAGCUGCAUAGCAAGGCGGGAGCCGUCACCCGGAGCACAGCGUGGUAUGUCACAGCGGGCUGCUGCUGCCGCUAUACCUACGGUGAAGCCUCGGUGCCACCCGUGGAGAAGCCGGAGUGGCUCGAGAGCAUUGAGGCGCGCAUCUUGGGCGAGCUCUGUGGCCUGGCCAAGGAAGAUUGGCCCAACAGUGUUAACAUGAACCUCUACGAGGAUGAGUCCCAAAACGUGGGCUGGCACUCAGACGACGAGGGCCUCUUCCGUGGCUGCCAAACGGAUUGUCGGAUCAUCUCGGCCUCUUGGGGGGCUCCACGGCGCUUCGAGAUUGCCCUGAAGGACCGAGGGCACAUCUCCGGAAAACCUCGGAUCUUCCCUGACACACUCCAGGCCAUUGACCUUCAUCCAGGAGAUUUGUGUAGCAUGGAAGGUGCCUUCCAGCGACACUACUCCCAUCAGAUCGCAAAGGGCACCAGCCCAGGCUCUUCUCCUCGGGAGAUUCAAGAAGGAGCGCACAAGGUCCGGAUCAAUCUCACUUGGCGAUACAUCGUGUCUCACAAGGCUUACUGUCCUCGGAAGGAAGCCGCGCGAGAGGAAUGA